ACACGCGUGCUACCGCUGUGCAGAAGUGUCGGCGGCAGAGUUGGUCCGGCGUCAGUCACAUCGGCCGCGUCGUCCGCGCCACACGCUCCUCGCCGCGCACCCACCGACGAUGUUAGCACUGCUGCUCCUCGCCGCCGUCGCUGCCGCGGCCGCGCAAAACGACACAUUCCCGCGACCGCCCGCGCCAAGACGCGAACAGUUUAGAGUUAUAUACGAAUGGAACGCAAUCGAUUUCGAAUGGAAAUCCCCGGAAGACCGCGAGGUCUCCCUCAAUACAAGCCGAUACAUCCCCCAAAACGUUUUAAUCUCUGGCAUAAACUUCUACCAAGACGAUUUGUACCUGACAAUGCCGAGAAUGUUGGACGGAGUGCCGGCGACCCUGGCGACCAUCCCCGUGCAGCCGGUGGACACGGCCCCCAAGCUGCGCCCCUUCCCUAGCUGGAGCCAGAACGCUGUUGGGGACUGCAACGCGUUGCAAUUCGUGCAAAACAUAGAGAUUGACAAAAAUGGAAUUAUGUGGAUCCUGGAUAACGGACGUGUUGGCACUCUAACCCAAAACCCGGACCCCAAGUGUCCGCCAUCGCUCGUGCUCAUCGACCUCAAGAGUGGUACCAAAGAAAUGGAACGCAUUCCGUUCCCCGCUGACUCGGUCAAUCCUAACACUACGUAUCUGAACGAUCUCGUCGUGGAUAAUCGUAAUGGUGAUUACGCGUACAUCACGGACAACAGUGCUGUCGAUCCCGGUAUUAUAGUUUUUCGUCGCAGUGACAAAAAAUCGUGGAAAAUUCGUGAUAACCAAUCAAUGUCUUCUGUCGCCGAGGCUACAUUUUUCCGCAUCAAUGGCACCACGGUCAACCUUCCCGUUAACAUUGAUGGGAUAGCCCUUGGACCCCAGUACUUGAACGAGGAGGGUAAAGUUGAUAGAAAAGUGUAUUACUGUCCGUUGUCCAGUUUUCACUUGUACGCUAUAAAUGCAUCGGUGCUGCAAAAUGAAACGCUUGCUCAAAGGGGUGAUAAUGCUAUUCGGCCCUACGUCGUCGAUCUCGGCAAUAAAGCCUCUCAGACUGAUGGCAUGAAGAUGGAUUCAUCUGGAGUACUUUUCUAUGGUUUGAUUGGAAAUUCUACAAUUGCUGAAUGGAACACCACCGUCGACUUCCGUGUCGGCCAACGCACCAUCGCCCGGGAUCCAAACUACAUUCAGUGGGUAGACAGAUUCACUUUCGACAGCAAGGGAAAUGUAUACGUUGUUAUAAACAGACUGUACAACUUCGUCAAAAAUCAGGUAUCCCUGAAUGAAGUUAACUACAGGAUUUUGAAGUCGCAUACUGGAUCAAAGAGUUACGUGUUCAGCGAGGACUUGGCGGAGGCGACGACGGGCCCGCAGAGCUCGGCGGCGGCGCCCGCGCUCGCCUGCUCGCUGGCGUUGCUGGCGCUGGCGCACCUGCUCGCCUAGUCUUCACAACUGUUUCGGUCGCGGUCUGCAGCGACCGUGACCCUGAUACUAGUGCUUGUCAUUUUGCGACGCUCGGACUGAUGCGUAACAUUACCAAAAAUAUUUAAAGUUACCUUGACCUCGUGGUCCAACCAGUGAUAUGCGCAUGUAAAAAUGCUUUGUAUAAUUAUAUUCUAGAAUAUAGUAGAUACUACGUAGGUAUAGAAUACCACAAGAAGAUCAUGGGUGACCUUUCUAGGAGAGGUCGUAACGAAGACGAGCCAUGUCGGUUCAAAACGAAAGGUCGAGGACGUAUUGCCAAAUGCCGUGGUUCGGCUCAACAAUAAACAUUCCAACUAUUUCUAUGAGGUGCAUCUCGGCACCAUAUUUAUUUAUAUCUUUGUAAUACUUAGGAACAUACAUACAACAAGAAGAAAAUUGUGUUAGCGUCUCAAAUAUCUGUGAAACGAUAUAAUAUCAAAAUUGAGUUGUGUACGCAAACGCGUGUAGUGUUCGAUCUAAUUAAGAUCUGUUAAGGUAAUCUGUAUAAUACAUUAUUGUAACUAAUCUGUACGAAUGCAUGUUGCGUGAACGCGGCUGUGUGUGACUAUGAAUAAACGUGUUUAUCAUAUUAUA